AUGAGUAAGGGUUAUGAGGUACAGGAGAUGAAUGAAAGACUCUCCGACACGAAGCUGCACGAGAUCUAUCUGGACGACAAGGAGAUCAAGCUUAGCUGGAUGGUGGACUGGUACAAGCAGGAGGUGCUCUUCCAUCUGCAGAACGCGUUCAAUGAGCAGCAUCGCUGGUUCUAUCUCGGCUUCUCGAAGCGCGGCGGUCUCGCCGAUGCGGAUAUUUGUUUCUUUGAAAACCAGAAUGGAUUCUUCAAUGCGGUAACCGAUACGUACACCAGUCCGGAUGGCAAGUGGGUUCGAAGGGACUAUCAGCAGGACUGCGAGGUCUUCAAGAUGGACGAGUUCACGCUGGCCUUUAAGCGGAAGUUCGAUACCUGCGAUCCGCUGGAUCUGCGACUGCAUGAGGGCACCAUGUAUGUGGCAUGGGCCCGAGGCGAAACGGAGCUGGCCCUGGAGGAUCACCAGUUCGCCUUGCCGAAUGUCACGGCACCGCAUGAGGCGGGUGUCAAAAUGCUUCAGUUGCUGCGAGCCGAUAAGAUACUCAUUCCGGAGACGGACCUGGAUCAGGUGGAGAUCACUCUGAAAGAGGCACCCAUUCCCAACAAGGAGACAACAUACUGGUGCCACGUCCAGCGUUUGGACAGCGUUAUCCACCAUCGCCAUCACAUUGUCCAGUUCGAGCCCCUGAUCCGCACGCCCGGCAUCAUCCAUCACAUGGAGGUGUUCCACUGCGAGGCUGGGGAGCACGAGGCUAUACCAUUGUACAACGGCGACUGUGAGCAGCUGCCGGCCAAGGCCAAGGUCUGCUCCAAGGUAAUGGCACUCUGGGCCAUGGGGGCCAGCACCUUUACGUAUCCACCAGAGGCAGGACUCCCCAUUGGUGGGCCCGGCUUCAAUCCCUAUGUUCGCCUGGAAGUGCAUUUCAAUAAUCCGGAGAUGAAGGCAGGCCUCGUGGACAACUCGGGUUUCCGCAUCAAGAUGUCCAAGGUGCUGCGGCAGUAUGAUGCCGCCGUUAUGGAACUGGGUCUGGAGUACACCGACAAGAUGGCCAUUCCGCCGGGCCAGACGGCCUUUCCGCUGAGCGGAUACUGUGUGGCGGACUGCACCAAGGCCGCCCUGCCCGCCACCGGGAUCAUCAUCUUUGGCUCCCAGCUGCAUACGCAUUUGCGAGGCGUUCGGGUGCUCACCCGGCACUUUCGCGGCGACCAGGAGCUGCGCGAGGUGAACCGGGAUGACUUCUACUCGAAUCACUUCCAGGAGAUGCGAACGCUGCACUACAAGCCACGCGUCCUGCCGGGCGACGCCUUGGUUACCACUUGCUACUACAAUACCAAGGGCGACAAGACCGCCGCCCUGGGUGGCUUCUCCAUCAGCGACGAGAUGUGCGUCAACUAUAUACACUAUUAUCCGGCCACCAAACUGGAGGUCUGCAAGAGCUCCGUCUCUGAGGAGACCCUGGAGAACUACUUCAUCUACAUGAAGCGCACCGAACAUCAGCACGGCGUCCAUUUGAAUGGUGCCAGAUCGUCCAACUAUCGGAGCAUACAGUGGAGCCAGCCCCGCAUCGACCAGUUGUACACGAUGUACGUCCAGGAGCCAAUAAGCAUGCAGUGCAACAUGUCAGACGGGACACGUUUCCAGCGGGCGGGCGUGGAGCAUGCCGGCUGGGAGGGCGUGGCCACCACGCCCGUCCAGAUCCGCAUACCCAUCCACCGGAAGCUGUGCCCCAACUACAAUCCGCUCUGGCUCAAGCCGCUCGAGAAGGGUGAAUGCGAUCUGCUCGGGGAGUGCAUCUACUAAGCGGGCGUCGUAAUGGUAGCUAUCUCCUGGAUUCUCCCAUUUACACACACAAGCACACACACACAUACAGAUAGAGGGGUCUCACACACGCACACCUUAAGAUAUAAAUUCUUGUCACGAUUGUUAUUUUGGUUAAUCAGUCAUUUUCGAGCCUAUUAGGUAUAUAUAUUUAUGAUCAGCAUCAA